AUGUUCACCUCCAUGACCUCCUGGCGGCCCCCGCCCGGCCCCAAGGAGGUGGACCUGCAGGGACCCCGCCCCCGCGAGAGCCCCGGCGUGCGCGCCAAGGCCGCCUUCUUCGAGGCCCUGAUCAAGAGCAACACCACCGCCCUGGUGCGGUGCUCCGCCCCCGACUCCCCCCUCCCCGACCACGACGCCUGCCCCGACUUCCCCGAGGACGACGGCGAUCCGAGCGACCGGUGCCCCAGCUCGCCGGGCUACUCGGAGUGCGAUAACCUGACGCGCGUGGUGCGCGAGCUGUCGGAGGGGCGCGUGAAGACGGUCUGCGCGCGCGCGGUGCUGGCCGAGAAGCACGCCGAGCUGGCGGCGGAGUACCACCGCAUGCAGCGCAUCGCCGACCUUUCGCGCACCGUAUCCAAGGAGAACCUGGCCAAGACCAGCAAGACCCUGAAGGCCCUGCGCCAGGUGCAACAAGAAUUGUAUGCUACCAAGAAGAGGACACAGGCCCUGGAGGAGCGGAACCGAAAGAUCAAGGACGAGAACCUGGCGCUGCGGGAGAAAGUCGGACUUUUGGAGCGCUACGACUUUGAGCAUGUGCAGCAGAGCGUGUGCAUGCGUCAUUACACCCGGUGUCGCGUGGCGGAGACGUACUGA